GUGUAAAUGAAUCUUCUGAUGGUAAAGAUGACGGUGGUGAAGAUGAAGAGGUGUUAAGGGUGGAAGAUGCUGUUAAAGACGUUAUUGGUGUUGAUGUGGUCGGUGGUACAGGCGAUGACGGUAAAGAUAUUGAUGUUGAAGGAAAUUGUGGUAUUGUGGGAGAAGACAUUGUUGUUGGGGAGGAAAAAUGUGAUAAUGACUUUAUUGAAGAUUGA